CCUCUGAGUUAUUGUACAAAGACGUGUUUAAGGCCACGGAUCCAAAAAUUAGGCUGAUGUUUAUUCAUUUGUCACAACAGGAAAAGAAAAGGCUGCAGUGCAACAGGAGCUGCAGGAACCAAGCUGUGUGUGUGGACACAUGCUGAUGCUGAGCCACUCAGGAGAUGGAGAGUCCAGCGUCCACUGUGAGGCGCCGCGCCUGGAUCAACAGCUGCCGUCAGCAGUUCACAGACCCCCUGCUCAGCAGCCUCCAGUCCACAACCAUCGCCGACGAUGACGUGUUCUGUGACGGUCAGGUCAAUUCACCAGGAUGUUCUACUGGAAAGAUUGAGAAGUGGCUUUUCUGUUGUAGGUCUGGGAGCUCAGAAAACGCUGGACACUUGAGUUUUGAUUCAGCACUUAAAGCUGAAAGUUUUAACGAUGAGCUAAACCUCGGUGCUGAUGCAGACACAGUGUAUGAUACACAUGAUACUGGUAAACUUGAGCUCCGUCUGCCCUCCAAAAACCCGGGCCACAGCCUGGGAUCAAGCUUUAAUUCUUCAUCAACCUGGAAUUCUACAACAAGUGUGGCUGAAGUCCUCCAGCUGUACUCAGAGAAGGCAGAAGAGACUCUGUAUGAGCUGGGGUUUGGCAGUGAGGAUCCACAGGUUACUGUUCGUAUCCCACCACGAUUCUUUACUUUCCCUUCUCAGGCCAAGGGCAUAAACUUCCGCCUGUUUUUGGAUGCACAGAUACAGAGAAUCCGCGAAGAGGAUCCAAGCCUCUCCCUUGCUAGUCGUUUCAGACAAGUCCAAGUGCUCACAACGAUGGCUAAUGUGUUCUACUCCCUGUACUCCCAUGUUUCCCGUACACCGGUCCAGAAACUCCCCACACCAGAAUUUAACUUUUCCACUCCCAUUGAGCGAAUGGAGCGCUUUAGAAGUAGCAUUCGCAGUGACCCACGGUCCCCAGUGGACAAGCUCAAAGACACUGUCUCCAAAAUGUGUCUCUACUCAGGCUCCAACCGAGAAUAUGAUUCACCUCUGCCGUCACCCAACAAACGUGUCAGCCUGCCUGACAUUGUGGACAUCGUUCUGGAGAAACCUGGGCACAUGAGAAAAACUGAGAUGGGGAAAAAUCGUGUAAAUGAGCAGCUAGAUGUUUGCAUGGCUGAUCAAGACAUGAACACGGUGCACAUACAACAGGAGAGACAGAAAACCAAUGGAGGACAUACAGCAGAAGAAAGAGCAAACCAAAACGGGACUGCAAAUAAUGAUCAUGUGAUCAGUGACCAAGCACAUAUCUGUCAAAGUGAAGACUUCACCUCAUUAUUAUCAGAGGCAGUGGACCCAGGGUCGACUGUUUGGGCUAAUCCAAAAUCACUGGUGAAAGAUGAACACAUAUGUCCACAGAUCGUGGAGCGUAUACACCAGGCUCCUUUUUAUCAUCAAUGUAGGGACUUUAAAAAAACAGAUUAAGCAUCAAAAGAGAUUUAAAUGUAGUGUAUGUUUCCUCACCCAGGAAGUUCCUCCUUCAGUGGCCAAUAUCACACACGGCUGUUACUGCAUCCCUAUAAAGUCUGAAAAU